AUGUCACCACCACCACCACUACUUCUCUUCCUCCUCCUCUGCUCCCUCUCUGCCACCGCCUCCGCCGCCGGCAAAUCCACUGCCGUCGCUCCAGCUGCCACCCCACCAUCUUCCCCGGUCACCAUCCCAGCUCCGUCCACUUCAUCUCACUCCACGCUAGACCCAAAGCAACUCCGAGCCCUGCAGUCACUCAGCAUCCCAACGGCCAAAGACCCCUGCGCCCAAAACAACGCCGCCACAACCUGCGACGCCGCCGCCCCAUUCCGCCACGUCGUCUCCCUCCACCUCUCCAACUGCUCCGACGACGUCUCCCUCUCCUUCACCGCGCUCGAGUCCCUCUCCACCACCCUCCAAUCCCUCUCCUUCACCAACUGCCCCAUUUCCCCAAUCCGCUUCCCUUCAGAUCUCGCCCUCAACCUCCGCUCCUUCUCUUGUGCGCAUUCUCUCAAACACCUUGCGGGCGUCUGGCUCUCCCGCUUCGCCAACCUCACCGAUCUCACCGUCACCGACGUCCCCGUCAACGCCAGCGGGCUCUACGUCGUUAUCGGGAAUAUGCACAAGCUCCGGACGGUCACCAUCACGAAUGCGAAUCUCACGGGGUCGAUUCCGAAGCAUUGGGUCGAGAAUCUCACCCAUGUGGAUCUGUCGAGGAACGGGCUUAAAGGGAAGAUACCCAGUUCAAUUGCAGUACUCGAGAAUCUAGAAAGCCUCAAUCUUUCCUCCAACGCGCUCGCCGGGGAGCUGCCGGCGAACUUCGGGGAUUUGACUUCGCUGAAGAAUGUGUCUCUUGCGUCUAAUUCGUUGUCCGGGUCGAUCCCGGAUUCGAUUUCGGCUAUACCAGGGUUGGAGCAUCUCGAUCUGAGUUCGAAUCAGUUCAAUGGCACCAUCCCCAAGUUCUUCACCGAGAUGAAGCAUCUCAAGCAUUUGAAUCUCGCCAACAAUGCCUUCCGUGGCGUUUUGCCGUUCAAUGCCUCGUUUCUCGAGAGAUUGGAAGUUUUCAAAAUUAAGGGUAAUGACAAUUUGUGCUACAACCACACGAGCUUGUCGUCCAAGUUGAAGCUAGGGAUUGCUCAGUGCGACAAGCACGGACCCAUGUCGCCGCCACCGUCGAAAGAUUUGACUUCAGGGGAUAACGGCGAUUCGUCGGAUUACGACGAUGGAAACGACAGCGGCGGAUCGAGCAGCAAGAAAGAGGGACACCAUGGGCCGAAUAAGGUUUUUCUGGGGCUUGUGAUUGCCCUCUCUUCCAUUGUGUUCCUCAUUGUUUUCCUUAUUCUUAUAGCGAAGAGAUGCACCUGA